CAUCGGUCUGACGGCCCAGCCCAAUAUCAGUUCAUGCCGCACUCGCAUCCGACCCCCCCUCCCAUCGCCACCCUUCAUCACUCCCCUGCUCUCUCGGCAUCGUCCCUCGACAGCAACUCCAUCUCGCCCUCGCCCCCGAUUACGCAGCCCUCGACACCGUACUACUCGCAUCCGGCACAACCUCCGCCCAUGAGUCAGGCUCCUCCUUACCCAUAUCAGCCCAACGGCUCGAUGCCCCGGUAUGAAGACUCCCAAGCCGGUUACAGUGUUCCGCCGCCGCAGAACCUGUCGACGCGGUCUAUCCGUCCGACUAUCGUGCCCGCCCAGCCAUACCCUGGUCAGCCGAACUACAUCAUCCACACGGACGACGCGUCAACGAAGCUCUCCGACCGCGUCCGCCGAAAAUGCUACAACUGCCGCACGACCGACACCUCCACCUGGAGGCGGUCGAGCCUCACCCCCGGCAAAGUGCUCUGCAACAAGUGCGGUCUGUUCGAGCGCACGCACUCGCGCCCGCGGCCGGAGCAGUUCCCACACAAAAGGGGCCCUGUAGUGAACGUCCAGUUCAAGCAGCACCGUAACACGCCCCCGCCGCCAUCACACGCCGCCCAGGCCGCCGCGGCAGCGGCGAUGGCCCACCAGCAACAGCAGCAGCAGCAGCCCUCGCGACGCCUGCCGUCGAUGUCUGCAGACAUGCUGCCCCCGCACCACUAUUCGCACCCAUCGCUUUCCCCGCUGAUGGCCGCGCGCUCGUCCGACGCGCAGCAGCAAUAUCGGAGCGGGGGCGUCACGGAGAUUGGCGCCCUGCUGAACGGCCCUGGCGAGGCACAG